UCAGCCUCCUGUGUCUGCUCUGUUGGCUGUAGACAUGGCAUCUGGUACUUCCUGCCUCCAUGUGACGGUCUAUUCUGAGGGAAGGACGUCAAUGACAUUCGCUGCUAACUUGGAGGACACAGUGAGGAAGAUCAAAGAACAAGUCCGGGCUAAGACCAAGAUUCCCGUGCAGGACCAGGUCCUGUUGCUGGGCUCCAAGAUGCUGAAGCCCCAGAGGAGGCUGUCGUCUUACGGCAUUGACAAGGAGACGACCAUCCACCUCACUCUGAAGGUGGUGACGCGUGAUGAGGAGCUGCCCGUGACUCUGGUGUAGUCACGUGAUGGGGGGCAGAGGCACCACCUCCAGAUACGAAGGUCCAGCUCAGUGGCCCAGGUGAAACAGAUGAUCGAGACCAAGACCGCGAUCGUGCCUGAGCAACAGAUUGUGACUUGCAAUGGCAAGAGGCUGGAAGAUGGGAAGACCAUGGCGGAUUACGGCAUCAGACGGGGUAAUUUACUCUGGCUGGCAGACUACUGCAUUGGGGGGUGAGCCUGCUGUUAGCUCUCACUCCCCCCACAUCCUUUGAUGAUUUCCCCAAAUUAACGAGAAAGAGAAAGAGGGAAAGUUAGGGGUGAAGAGGGAAGCAAGACUGCAGAAAAGUUUCUAACGCUAUGAUUUUUUGAUCAAACACAGUUGAUUAGCUGUAUAAAUUGUAUAUAUUACUGAAAGUAGAAAAUAAUAUUUUAAGGCACAGUAGAGAUAGCAUCAAAGCCAACUUGGAAUUUAGCCCUUUCUCUCGUCCCUCUGAUUUUUAGAAAAAUUCCUAUUUCUUCCGUCCAACAGGAUAGUAAGUUCCACAUUGGGAUCCAUAUUCCUCUAAUUUCUGUGUUCCCACUGGCAUAUUUCAUCUGUAAUAUCACUCAAUAUGUUGAAUUAAAUUGAAUUUCUGCUUGUAGAGAACAGUGAAAUGAUUUAUAUUGAAGUGUGCUAAUUCCUCUGAUAUGUUUACAAUCUAAGUAAUAAAGAAUUUAGAAAUUCAA